AUGCACAGUCCUAUCAAACGUCCCUAUUUUGUUUGCAGACGGAAAUACUCGGAAACUGACUGGCAGUACAUUGGCAGCACUCCAAAGCGGUCGUACAUGUGGACGGUACUCGGCAAACGUAUACGGAUUGUGAUGCCACGAAUGCCACGCAGCAGAAAAGAAGCGAGGAAACGCUUGGCUGCUCUCAAAAAAGCAAUUCGCCGCAAUCCGCUGGGACGAUGUCUAAUCGCAAUUUAUGCCAACUUAGCGUAG